AGCUUCCUUUACUCGUAAAUUCCUUCAGUGGAUCACUCUCGAUUUUCUCUGUGGAGUACUCAUUGUAUAGGUGCAAACGAUGCCGGCGGUUACCGGAAAAGUCGUCUGUGUCACCGGCGCUGGAGGAUUCAUCGCGUCGUGGUUGGUGAAACUUCUGCUUGAAAGAGGCUACACGGUCAGAGGAACCGUCAGAAAUCCAGAGGAUCCGAAGAAUUCGCAUUUAAGAGGACUUGAAGGAGCGGAUGAAAGGCUGAUUCUGUGCAAGGCUGAACUUAGCGACUACGAGAGCUUGCGUGCAGCUAUUAGUGGUUGCGACGGCGUUUUCCACACGGCCUCGCCUGUCACCGACGAUCCAGAGCAAAUGGUGGAGCCGGCGGUGAAUGGCGCCAAAAACGUGAUAACCGCCGCCGCUGAGGCCAAAGUCCGCCGUGUGGUGUUAACCUCCUCCAUUGGUGCAGUGUACAUGGAUCCAAAUAGAGACCCUGAUAAAGUUGUGGAUGAAACUUGCUGGAGUGACCUUGAGUUCUGCAAAAAUACUAAGAAUUGGUAUUGCUACGGGAAGGCGGUGGCUGAGCAAGCGGCGUGGGAUUGCGCCAAGGAAUUAGGAGUGGACAUGGUGGCGAUCAACCCGGUGCUCGUUCUCGGGCCAUUGCUGCAACGCACCGUGAAUGCUAGCGUUCUUCAUAUACUCAAGUACCUGACCGGCUCUGCCAAGACUUAUGCCAACUCUGUCCAAGCCUAUGUUCAUGUCAAGGAUGUCGCAUUGGCUCACAUAAUCCUAUACGAAACGCCAGCUGCAUCGGGACGGUACCUCUGCGCCGAGAGCGUGCUCCACCGCGGCGAGGUGGUGGAGAUUCUUGCCAAGUUGUUCCCGGAAUAUCCCAUCCCUACCAAGUGCUCUGAUGAGAAGAACCCAAGAAAGAAACCAUACAAAUUCUCCAACCAAAAGCUCCGAGAUCUUGGCCUGGAAUUCACACCUGUCAAGCUGUGUUUAUACGACACUGUCAAAAGCCUCGAGGAACAUGGCCACAUCCCAAUCCCCGAUCACAAUCAACACCCACCCUCUUAACCUCUGUCUCUAUUGGUCUGUCUUCUUUGCUUCCAUCACCAUCAGUGAAGCUACCAAACCCCCAUUUCUAUAACCCUAUCUACAUACCCUCCAAUAGAUACAUAUUUAUAUACAUAUAUAUCAUUAUGUGUUUGUGCCAAUCAUUUGUGUGUUCACUCCAAAGACUGCUCAUUGAUAAUUAAUUUGUGUUACCAUUGUUGCUGAUAAAUGACUAAGAUGGCUUAUUAUUAGCCCUUUUUCUUUA